AUGGGGGGCAAUCAAAUCCCGACAGACUCGAUCAAGGAAACUAGUGUUCAAACGGCAAAUGCUACCUCUGGCCUCGACGUCGGCGCGAUCUCCGGUGCUGCGGUUGCCGGGCUAGCCGCGGCUGCCCUUGCGGUGCUCGCCGUCGUGCGGUAUCGGCGCGCUGAAUCUAUUUGGGACAAGAACGAGCGCAAGAGCGACGAACGGUUAGAACUCGCGAUGCUCAGCCGGCGCAGCGCAAUUGUGAUGUUGUAA